UUUCGCCCACACCACUUUGGAAUCAGAAUCUCAAUGAAUCUCGCGCAUCGGAAAAACAAUCAAAAACAAAUACUUUUGAUCUCGUUCUAAAACAUGUUAACCUCGCUCCAGAUGGAUUUACUCGUAUGAUGUCAACAAUUAAUGGGCAAUAUCCGGGACCAACCAUAGAAGUCAAUAAAGGAGAUCGUAUUGUAAUGAAUAUUCGCAAUGAGUUAGAGGCUCCAACAUCAAUUCAUGCUCACGGAAUUUUUCAAAGAGGGACUCAAUGGUACGAUGGGGUACCAGGGCAGACCCAAUGUGAAAUACCAAACGAUUAUACAUUUACCUAUAAUUUCACGGUUCCCGACCAAGUUGGCACUUAUUGGUACCAUUCGCAUGACUUAAUGCAAUAUGUUGAUGGAAUUGUUGGCGCAUUAAUUAUUCACGAUCCUGAUGAUCCGUAUAAAGCAGAGUACGAUGAGGAAAUUCUUGUCAUGUUGACUGAUUAUCAUCACACGGAGGCCCAAGUUUUAUUGAAAUCUUUCUUGACCCCUGAACGCGAUGGUGAAGAACCAGGUAGGGUUCCCGAUAAUGGAUUGAUAAACGGAAAAAAUAAUUUCGAUUGCUCAAAGGCACCAACAGGUUCUACAUGCGUAGAUAAUGCUGGUCUCGCUAAGUUUGAAUUUGUUUCUAGUAAAAGAUAUCGUCUUCGCAUCAUCAAUACCAGCGCAUUUUCAUCAUUCUUCUUUUCAAUUGAUAAACAUGUAAUGGAGGUUAUAGAAGUAGAAGGGACCUACACCAAACGAAAUAAAAUUCAUCGCCUUCCUAUCAAUGUUGCUCAAAGAUAUUCUGUCAUCGUCACUGCAGAUCAACAUGUUGACAAUUAUGUCAUGCGUUCCGAAUUUCAAAAAAAGUGUAUGCCGGAUGAAGCAAUUUCCCUUCCUGUUGUAAAAGCUAUAAUUCAUUAUGAUGGUGCACCCGAGGAUUCUGUUCCAACGGAUAAUCCGUGGACAGAUUUCUUGGAAGAAUGUAUCGAUCUAGAUCAAAAAACUUUACAACCAUUAUAUGAAGAAAAGAUUCCUAAAGCAACAAGAGAAAUUAUACAUGAAAUCGCCUUUCUUAAUGGAUCUACUUAUAUUACUAAUCUAACUACUUCGACUUUGACAAAAGUCUUUGAAGGAACAGCAGCUAACCUUCCUAUUUCUGAAAAUGCUUUUACUUUUAACACUUUUGGAGAAGUCGUUGACAUUUAUUUCAUCAAUACUGACGAAGGUGAACACCCGUUCCAUAUGCACGGGCAUCAAUUUUGGUUACUUGGAAUUGGGAAUGGAACUAAAGUUGAAAAGACCGCACUAAAUACAGUUAAUCCAAUCAAACGUGAUACCUCAACAAUACCUAUCAAUGGAUGGUCUGCGUUAAGAUUUGUUGCGGAUAACCCUGGAGUGUGGGGUCAUCAUUGCCAUAUGGAAAUAAGAGGAAAGUAUAUGAAAAUAGAAGGAAAGAAAGAAUAA